UGUUGACGGGGUAUGGUGGUGUUGUGUAUGGAAAUUCGAAAUCGAUGUUGAUCAAUUGUCCGAUGAAGUUGCGGAUUUGAUUUAUUACACCCAAAGUGUAAAAAUAUAUAGCUGCACAAUUUUAAGCUGUGCACUCAUUGAUGUAGGAAGAAUCGGAUAUUUGCUGACGAAGACUUUUGUUUCGGUUUACCUUUGAAAUCAUCGCACAGCUAUUGAUUUUAAGAAUGAAGGGGCAAGAUGCUGAGAAGUAACGUGAGGGCAAACUGCAUUCAACAUGGAUGCUGUCGAUGUCGCGGGAGUCUUGGAAUUUGACUGCAUAGUCUUAAGAGACGAGCUGUUGGAUUCCAGAGAAGCCAUUCAGCGAGUUAUAGCAGAGAAGUGGGCGUUCGCAAAAGAGGAAGUGGGGAAGUCUCGGUCUCGAUGCAGUGAGGAAGCGUCUGAUGUGGGUGUCCAAGUUGAAGGGGAAGUUGUGUAUCUCAAUGUGGAGGAAGAGGAGGAUCAAGAUGUUGAUGUGGAGGGAGAUGAAACAACAUCAGUUACUCAACCACCUGGGAAUAUCGAAUCUCGAGGCGUCAGCAGUGCAGACCGCGACAUCACACUGGCCGGAGCUCGAGGUGUGACAGAGUCAAAAGAGACAAAGAAGUCCUACAGUCCCGUACGGUCGGAGGGAGCGGCCGAGUGCGACAGAAGUUUGCUGCCGGCCACUUCUCCUCCUUCCACCUGCAGUUCGUGCACGCGCCAUUUCUCGUCGGAGGCAGAUCGCACGAAUCACGUCUGUGUGGUCACGAGUGAAAUGCGGAGAUCGCCCCGGAGAGGAUUUUCCGGCUCUACGUCCACGGUCGACUCUGACGUCCGGCAGGUACCUAAGGUCGCGGAGGGUGAAAUUCUCUCCGACGAGUGUGACGGGGUGCCGUGUCCGGAGGACUCUGCGGUCACUCUCGCUACACGGGGGAGCGAAGUCAGCUCGGCACACGGAGAUUCUCGUAGUGGCCGCGUCCCGGCACCUUCCGAAGCUGCGGCAUCGGUUCUCUCGGAGGCUGCUGCCGGCACUCACGCGUACUUGUGGAAAUCUGCCUUGGGCGUGUGUGGAAUCUGUGGAAAAAUUUUCAAUAACAACUCUAACCUAAAGAGACACGCUCUGGUACACGGCAGUGGGAUUUUCCUCACGUGCGACGUCUGCGGCAAGUUUUUUCCCGACCGGUGCUCUCUCUGGAGGCACAAAGAACAGCACGGCGGAAAGAGCCAGUCCAAGAUGUACAAGUGUAACGUAUGUGGUAAAUGUGUAAAUAGUAACACUUCACUGAGGAAGCACAGGUCCCAGCACGUACAGCCUUACGUGUGCGACAUAUGUGGCGAAUCGUUCCAUCGGGCCAGCGGCCUGCAGAUACACAAAUACUUGCACGUCAGAUAGUAUCGAUUUACGUCUCUGUAAGUGUACGCCGUGCUCGAGCUCGCUUGUGGUGUUUGUUGCUCUUCUCUUAUGAGCUUACUGAGCCAUAUGUGUGGCCCAAAAUAGUGAUUCGUUUCCACAAAAUAUGUCAAAUAUAUGAACUGUCUGAGGAGGGCUCACACUGGACACUCAAUAUUGGCAAAGUUUAUUGUGUUUUCUGUGCAUUUCAGAGUGCAGUAGCUGUCAUUCCUGUAGCACACAAAGCAGUUUGCACUUGGUAAGGUGACCUUUGAAGCCCACCAACACUGAAUUUCUAUCCGUAUGUUAAGAUUGAGCUUUUAUUUUUAAAGCAAAUAAUGCACAUCCUGGUUAUCUACAGACGUUUUUGUCAUUUUUGAGUACAGUCUCCAUUGUUUGUGCAAGUUUUCGCCAAUGUCUAAAUCUUCUUGUGGCGGAAGUCUGUUCUGACUGCCAGACGAGUGUGUUCCGUUGCUUUCUGACUUCGCAUCUGUUACUCCGGACCUAAAAAGGGAGUAGACGCAGGACAGUGUCAGAAGGUGUUAUUUUGCUGUUACUGGGACACGAAUUGUACAGUGCUUCGCACAGCUUCGAAAGUGUCUGAAAGUACUGCACAGCGUUUGUGGUCUGUCUAUGUUUGAGAACAUUAACGGGAAUGCAACCCUCUGUGUCAUAGAAAAUGCUGCCCACUGCUUUUUCAGCAAAUUUUACUGUCCGUACUUUCUUUUCUGACAGCAAAUCCCAGUGGAGCCCUUCCGUCCUCUGACAUUUAGUUCAGGCACGUAAUGACAAAACCAGCUUUCAUUUCCUGUCGUAAUACUCCUCAAAAACUGCCUCUUACAUUUUGAAAUUGUUUGAGGUUUUGGAUGGCAGUUGUUUUCUAAACUACAGUCUUUGAUCAAAUGCAGGACUCGGAGGGUACAAAUUUCUCAGUAAUUCGAGCUCUGAAUUGUAUCCUGCAUUGCACUUUGUCCUAUUGUAAGAAUUGUUGAGAUCUCAUUCACAGUGACAUAUCUGUCAUUCUGUAACUCUUUUCUUUUCGGGUACUACGGAGGGCACGUACUGUGGGCUGAUGUGGGAUGUUUGUGUUCCCACUUUUUAAUGUUUUCCUAACUCCACUGGUGCCCGUGCAUAUAUAUCUACAUGCAUGCUGAAGUCUGAGAGAAGAAUUUAGCAGCAAUUAUUUCCUUCUUAACAAGAAACUAAGUAAAAGUAAGCUGUUGAAAUGAACAUCGAUACUGGUCAUUUCGUAAAUAUAGCACCUGCUCACGUGGUAGAUGUUUAUUGAUCUCACAAAUAUGUAAACGUAAAGUUUGUAGUUUAGGAUGCUGCAGUUGUAAGAAAGGAUUGCUCAAAAGUUCAGUAUGGCUCCUGUUCAUUAUGAGCAUUGUUGUUGUGAUAGUAUACUAACCCGUCUGUGUGAAACGUGGCUUUGUAUGAGCAGAGCAGGUUUUCAUUAUCCAUUGUCUCUAAAACUACAUUACUUUAUAGGAUGCAAAAUCUUCCACCUGCAGACUUUACAUGGAUGCCACAUGGCUUCUUCCUCCACCUCUUCUUCUCUUUCAGCAUUAUCACAAAAGAAAUUGUGGUAGUGUAUGAUUUUAUGGGAUGAGGAAAUUUUAAGAUUCCACUUGCUUGAUGUUGCUGUUAAUACCACGCUUCACCAUUUCUUCCAAUAAUAUUUCUCUUCAUAACAGUUACAAUAAUCAUUAAUGACAGUGGAGGGUUAUUUGGAAGAAAGUGAUACAUGAGGAAAACUGACCUGUGAGGUAUUAGCACCGAAGUGUUUACCGGUAUACUUUCAGUUGCAUAAUUGUUUAAAUUAUUCUACUGUCAAUUCUGUAGCUAUGGGUGUUUUUCCUAUAGAAACAUAUAUUUUUAAAUGAUUUAUGUAGUGUAUAUUUUUAAAUAAAUUAUGUAUGUGCCUCGUCACUCCUUAAAUAAAUGCAUAAUUUUUG